AUGAGCGGCUUCACAAAGUUCCGCGCCGGCCUUACGGCCACGGGCUGCGCCGCCAUCAUAUUUACCGGCGCCACUUACGGCGCCGGCCUCAAGACCCAGAAGGAAUGGAAAGAGGAAAGAAAAAGCUUCUGGGAGUCUCCGUACGACGAGCAAAUUUCCCUUCUUGAGGGUCAGCGCGGCCGCCUGGUUACGGAACGCCGUAAUUGGGAGAGGAAGCUCACGUACUUGGAGGAGAGGAUAAAGGAGAGGGAGCCGAAGAAGCCCGAGAGCUGA